AGAGUGCUAGGAUUACAGGCGUGAGCCACCGUGCCCGGCCUAUUUACACAACUCUUAUCUCCCACUAGAUUGCCAGGCCCAUCGCUCAGUAAAAUUUUGUUGAAUAAAUGUUGGUGAUGAAGUAUUCUGGGACUUGGCUCUAUAAGGGAUGCUGGGAUUAUUGGUAGUAGAGAUCCUCAUAGAGCAGCAAUGAUAUUUUGGGGACACAGAUUGCUGUGUCCAAACUGAUAAGAUGAUUAAAUAUUCCUUUCAUGUAAGACAAGGAUGACUGCAUUCAUAAACUCCUUUCUAGCGGAUAUAUGCCUAUUUUCUUAAACAGAGUCCUUUUAAAAAAAAGUCUCAUAAAAAAGUGGACACUGAAGUUCCUACCCCAGUAUAAGGGCAAGUUAUAACAAGCAAUCAUUAAAUUCCAUCAUCAACAAAUCUUUCCACUUAAAAACAGCUGGAUUACAUGGCCAGCCAUGGUGGUUCAUGGCUGUAAUCCUAGCACUCAGGGAGGCCAAGGCAGGAGGAUCACUUGAAGUCAGGAGUUCGAGACCAGCCUGAACAAAAGCGAGAUCCCAUCUCUACUAAAAAAAUUUUUUUAAAGUUAAAAAAAACCUCAAACAGCUGGAUUACAAUCCAAAUCAAACGCAUGCUGAAGCUAAAACCUAGCAGGAGCUGGGAUGGAGAGAAAGUGGUUGCAGAGGGGAGGGGCCAGAACACAAGCUGCUCCCAAACUAACUCCAAGCCACGCUUCCCACGGGCCUCAGUCCUAAGGAAACGACGCCAUAGGCGCCGUCCCACUGCGCAGGCGCCACUCCUCGGCCCGCAUGCGCACUCAGCCCUCCGCGGCCUGAGGAAAUUUCCUUUUACACGCCUGCUGCAGCAGUCUCUUGGGUCUCCUCCCUUCUCCAUUUUCCUAGUCCCUGCAGGACUUUACUGGAAUAUUAUUUGGAGAAAGUGUCAUGGAAGUCUUGCGUCCACAGCUUGUAAGAAUUGAUGGUCGCAAUUACAGGAAGAAUCCCAUCCAAGAACAGACUUACCAACAUGAAGAAGAAGAUGAGGAUUUCUAUCAAGGUUCCAUGGAGGCUACUGAUGAGCCAUGUGAUGCCUACGAGAUGGAGCAGACCCCUCAAGGAUUCCGGUCUAUCGUGAAGGCACCUAGCCUGCUCUACAAGCAUAUAGUUGGAAAGAGAGGGGACACUAAGAAGAAAAUAGAAAUGGAGACUAAAACUUCUAUUAGCAUUCCUAAACCUGGACAAGAUGGAGAAAUUGUAAUCACUGGCCAGCAUCGAAAUGGUGUAAUUUCUGCCCGAACUCGGAUUGAGGUUCUUUUGGACACUUUUAGAAGAAAGCAGCCCUUCACUCACUUCCUUGCCUUUUUCCUCAAUGAAGUUGAGAUUCAGGAAGGAUUCCUGAGGUUCCAGGAAGAAGUACUGGAGAAGUGUUCCAUGGAUCAUGGCGUUGAUAGCAGCAUUUUCCAGAAUCCCAAAAAGCUUCAUCUAACUAUUGGGAUGUUGGUACUUUUGAGUGAGGAAGAGCUCCAGCAGACAUGUGAGAUGCUACAGCAGUGUAAAGAGGACUUCAUUAAUGACAUUUCUGGGGGCAAGCCCCUGGAAGUAGAGAUUGCAGGGAUAGAGUACAUGAAUGAUGAUCCUGGCAUGGUGGAUGUUCUUUACGCCAAAGUCCACAUGAAAGAUGGCUCCAACAGGCUGCAGGAAUUAGUUGAUCGAGUGCUGGAACGUUUUCAGGCAUCCGGACUAAUAGUGAAAGAGUGGAAUAGUGUGAAACUGCAUGCUACAGUCAUGAAUACACUAUUCAGGAAAGACCCCAAUGCUGAAGGCAGGUACAAUCUCUACACAGCGGAUGGCAAAUAUAUCUUCAAGGAAAGAGAAUCAUUUGAUGGCCGAAACGUUUUAAAGUUGUUUGAAAACUUCUACUUUGGUUCCCUAAAGCUCAACUCCAUUCACAUCUCUCAGAGGUUCACAGUAGACAACUUUGGAAACUACGCCUCCUGUGGACACAUCGACUUCUCCUGAGGUGGAUCUUGGAGAGCAGGAGAAAUUGAACAUCCUCACAAGAUCCUGAAGAAAAGUAUCUUCAUUUUACUUGCUAAAGAGGGAUGUGGAAACUGGGAUGAUGACUUUCCUGGGUGAUUCUCUGUGGACUCACCAUUGCUUCUGUUGGCUGUCCAUGGUCAUCAGACUUUCAGCCAAGAGAAGGAGAACUUGGCCUUGUUCUUUCUUAUUUUUUUAUUGUGGUAAAAUAUAUAUAACAUAAAAUUUACUGUCUUAGCCAUUUUUAAGUGUGCAGUACAGUGUUAUUAAAUGCAUCCAUAAUGGUGUGCAACCAUCACUACCAUCUAUCUCUGUAAUGUUUUCAUCUUGUAAAACUGGAACUCUAUACUCAUUAAACAAUA